AUGUCACAAGUUACAUAUGUACUUAUCACUGGUUGCAACCGGGGUAUUGGUAAAGGCCUCUUUGAGACAUACAUCGCCCGUACGGACCAUGUUGUCGUCGCUGCUGUUCGUGAUCCGACAGCCAAAAGCUCCAAGGAGUUAUUGAAUGUCACCAAGGGCACUAACAGCAGAUGCAUUUUGGUCAAGAUCGAUAGUGCUUCCGAGACGGACGCCCUGGAAGCCAUAAAGAGUUUGAGACGAGAUCACGGGAUCGCGAAGCUUGAUUUGGUCAUUGCCAACGCCGGAAUUUCCAAGUACUUUGGAACGGCAGAGAUGACCCCAGUCAAGGAGAUGAUUGAUCAUUUCAGGGUCAACUCCGUGGCACCACUGCUCUUGUUCCAAGCAACCUGCCCCCUCAUCCACGCUGCGAAAGCCGCAAGGUUUGUGACUAUCUCUUCAGGAGCUGGAAGCCUUGGGUUUAUGGAAAAUUUGAAGGUUGAAAAUACUGCAUAUGGGUCUUCUAAAGCAGCUCUCAAUUUCAUCACAAGGAGGAUACACUUCGAGAAUCCGGAUCUCGUGGCCUUCAGCAUCAAUCCUGGAUGGCUUCAAACUGACCUUGGAAAUCAUGCUGCACAGAACUCAGGAUUAUCGGCAGCUCCUGUUUCUGUGCAGGAUGGUGUAAAUGGAAUUGUCAGAGUUAUAGAUGGCGCAACAAAGGACGCAACAUCAGGUAGAUUCCUUUCGUGGGAAAACAAAGAGCUGCCUUGGUGA